UUCCUACAGGUGGCGCUGCUGUCGUGUUCAUAAAUGGUAACUUACAAAGUUGCCCAGUGAUGUAAUUCUGUUGGGUUUGAAGAUAUUUUGUGACCUAAUCAUGAUAUCAGUCCUUUUAUCGAGGAUUGUAAUACUAGUCUUCGGAUUAUUGUAUCCAGCUUAUGCUUCCUUCAAGGCCAUUCGCACGAAGAAUGUCAAAGAAUACGUGAAAUGGAUGAUGUAUUGGAUUGUGUUUGCCCUGUUUAGUGCAAUAGAAACCUUCACUGAUGUCCUACUGUCGUGGCUUCCAUUUUAUUAUGAAGUUAAGAUCCUGUUUGUCAUUUGGUUGUUAUUACCUGUGACUAAAGGCUCCAGCUACCUAUACAAGAAAUUUGUGCACCCUCACUUUGCCAAGAGGGAAAAGGAAAUUGAUGAAUGUAUAGACCAGUAUAGUAAGAAGGGCUACACCACUCUACUGAGUCUGGGGACGCGGGGACUGACGUACGCCACUAAUGUGGUGGUUACCACGGCGAUAAAGGGUCAGUCCUCGCUGGUCGAUCACAUCAGGAAGAGUUACAGCACAAAUGACCUUCGAGUGGGAGAGGACACAAUCGAUGGUCACCAGCCAAGCUUUGUAUUGGAUGAUGAUGAAUUAGAUAACAGAAUAGCUCAGGACAACAGAGAGAUAGAGAGAAGGAAACCACUGCGCCGGAGCAACAGUGACAUGUCGGAAGUCCGACCCCCUACGUCCCGAUACAAAAACCCAAACACAGAGCUUUCAAAGGUUGAAGAAGUGGAAGAAGAAUACAUGCUUCAUGAAGACCAAGUCCAUGUACGGCCUGGGUACUACAGUCCUAAACAGGACAUGUAUUUUUAUGAUCCGUCUAGACCCAUACGGAACUUUACCAAGAACCCGCGCCCGUACUCGAAGUAAAUUGCCAAAAUGAAGGAUCUCGAUAUUGUCACGACUAAACAGCUGAUACUCAACACCGGGGGUCACUUCACUACUUGUCGGUCGACGUCACGCGUCAAUGUUAAACACACUUGUUUCCAAGCAAUUUUCUUUUGAAUUUAAUGGGAGGCCUGCCAUAGGCCAAGAUUUUUCGUUUCGCUCGAUUUCUGUGCAGAUUUAUAUCAUAUGAACCAUAUCACUGAAUUCUGACUUCACAAAGUAGAGAGGACAAAAUGUGGGAUUUUCAUCUCUCUGAAGUUUUAAUGUCAGCUUCUUUAAUGUGAUGAGUGGGGUAGGUUUUAUAUAUCGUUAUGUUGUAAAUUGUCUGAUUAUUGAUUACAGUUUUAAAAGCUGAAAUGUAGAAGAAGAAAAAAGACAAACUUGUUGUAUGGGUUAUGUCAAAAGUCGUUUACACCGUUUAUGCUGUGUGAUUGAUGUCUGUUGUACUUUUUACAAUGAAUUCAACAGGAGAGUUUUAUGUAGCGUCUGUAGAUGGGUUUCACUGAGAUGAUCCUGUAUGAAAGAUAUAGAGAUACUGCCAAAUUUAUCCGUUGUGUUAAAUCACAUUUAGACCUCGUUUGUAACAGGAUCUGUAGCCGAUUCUGUUUUGGUAGCGUUUUAGAUUGAUAGGUAUGUUAAUGUCAGUCAUGAUGUACAGAAUUCAGACCACGUCUAGGUCGUGUGUUUUAAUAUGACUAACUCUAUAUUUGUAAAUUUUUAACUUUUUUGGAGAUGUGAGAUGAUUGUUCUCUCAGGGUCGCUGAAUGUUGGCAGAUAUGCUGCUGGUUGAAUAACUAUCUAUUUAUUGAGACAUGAGGGUUUUGUUUACACGUAUAUUUCACAUUUUGUUUCACAUUCAGUUCUUUUAUAAAAGCUUUUUUUUUGUGUUGUGUAUAUAUAUUUUUUUCUUUUGGCACUGUAUCUUGCUCAAGCAAUUUUUUGUUUGCCUUUUUUUUUUUUAUCUUUGGUCAUGUACAACAUUCCACACCCUUGUUUUGUAUAUUUUUAAAUCUGACUUUGAAUCUAUCACAUAAACUUGUUUUGUGUAUUUUUAAAUCUGACUUUGAAUCACAUAAACUUGGAACCAUUGAAACAAAACACAGGUGCCAUAGCAGAUAUCCAUAUGAAUGUUGUUAAAGCACCAUUUUUUAUGAAUUCAUCAAUGUGGAUGCUUUGGCGCUUAUUUCACAUAUAGAGCGAGCUGUGAGAAAUUUUCACUUAAUGUAAGAAAACAAAGCAUUGUGUAGCAUAUUAGUGCAGUUCAAAUCAUGUACAUUGGUCUUAGAUUGACAGCAUGCAAAAGUACAUGUGAUCAUUUGUUUUCGAGUCACUAUGAAUGGUGCUCAGCCACUGGUUAAUUUACCACAACGUCUUUGUUUCUUCCUGGUUUUGAAUCUCCCUGCUUGUCAGGUUUGUACCUCAGACUUAACCGCUGGACAGGGAGAUCGGUUUUCGAUUGGGAAGAUCAAACAUGAAACGUUGUGUACAGCGAGUCACUGUAAAUCACGUUUGAUUCAUGAGAACAUUAUUUACGCGUAAUUUCAUGGGACUGUCCAUUAGCGAAAAUUUAGUUGCAUAAUGAUUCGCGAAAGAUAUAUCUCACGAAUAAAUACAUUAUUGUAUCCAUGCAUAAAUCAGUUCUCGUGAAAUAAAAAGUGAUCUACAGUUGAUUAAGUAUGUAGUUAUGGUGUCUCAAUCUGUGAUAUAAAGAAUAAGAGUGCUAUUUUAUAGAUUAUUACACUAAGGGGCUCCACAACGAAUCUGUUGACAGGUGCCACAGUGUCUAACAUAUUUUGAUUAUGGCCAGGGGGAAAACUAGUUUCUUUUUGAUGAUUGUGAAAGUAAAUCUCCCAGGCAGCUCCUGAACACUAGACGUAUUAUGGUAGGAAAAUGUUCAAAGUACUGCAGGAGUUUGUCAAAAGUAUUGCAUAAUAGAAGGAAGCUCAAUGAAAUAGUAAAUCAAAGUAAUGGAUAAUACUGUAUGCAGGGUUAUUUUUGCCUUGCUGCACUUGACAGUUUUGCUCCAUUUUAAAUUCGCCCAGACACAGUUGUGUUAAAAGAGUUGAGAUAAGGGGGGGGGGGGGGAAUUCAUCCAGUCCUAAAUUCGCUCACUGACAAGGGUAAAAGAGGCGAAAAUAAAACGGGGGCGAAUAUUUCCGUGUGUACAGUAGAAGGAAAGCUCAUUGAAAUGGUAAAUGCUGAUACAGCCUAAAUUAUUGUUCUAUCCAAAACAUCGAGAGUCGUAUAUAUCGCAAUUUUCUAAAGACGAUGUAUCUGCAUGUUAAUUAAUUCAUCCACAAAAGUUUGUACGAAUAGUGGUAGUCAGUUUGUACAAAACUUUCAGCGUCACAAUAAACAUACAUUAAAUGCGAUAAAAUAUACUGCAUGAUAUGUUAGUUCAGGACGUGAAAUAAUGUGAGAGCAUUACAAAAUUCUGUCACAGAUUUGUGUAUGAAAUGUACAGAAGAAAUGAGUGAUGUUUGUAUAUGAUACAUUAAGUUAGCCUUGUCGAGUUUUUUACUUUUGAAAUUGUGGUUAUUUCAUUAAUGAGAGUGUAUUCAUGACGCAUACUUUUAAAAAAAUUCAGGUUCAAGAUCUUGCAUAAGCAUCUGUUUUCUGUGAUGUAUAUUAUAUGUACGGACUUAAAACGAAAUUUACUUACUCUGAGGGGGGUUUGGGGUAAAUGGGUAAAGGAAAUAAAUAGUUUUAAUUGCAUAUAUGGUGUACUAGGGAGAGAGCCUCAUUAUGAAUUUGACACUGAUCUGCAGUUUGAAGGUCAUGAAUAUGUAUGAUAGUGACCUUGUAUGAUGAGUGUUUGAAUAAUAAAUGUUUUCACCAUUCCC